UGAGUGCACCCAACUCUACCCGACCGAUCUCUAAAACCGGAGUUGGUCAUCCGAUCCCGAGAACAUUUUCACAUCGAUCGAUCUUUCCACGUUCAUCAUGGCCCUGCUGCGUCAUUUCCUGCUUCUGUUGGCGCUCGCGGUGCAAGCCGCCGCGGCCUCUGCAGUGCCGCCGCCUCUGCAGCUCCACUUCUACGCGCGGUCGUGCCCUCGCGCCGAGGCCAUCGUCCGGCGCGUCGUCCGCCGCCGCGCCGCGCAGGACCGCUCCGUCCUCCCCGCGCUCAUCCGCCUGCAUUUCCACGACUGCUUCGUCAGGGGAUGCGAUGGCUCCGUGCUCAUCGACAGCACGCCCAGCAACGCGGCCGAGAAGGAGGCCCCUCCGAACCUGACGCUGAGGAUGCUCGACGUGAUCGACGACGUCAAGGCGGUGGUCGAGAAGGCGUGCCCGGGCGUCGUGUCGUGCGCCGACAUCGUCGCGCUUGCCGCCAGGGACGCCGCGGCCAUGGCCGGGAGAGUGCGAUACGAGCUGCCGACCGGGCGAAGAGACGGCACCGUGUCGAGCGCGGCAGAGGUUAAUCUGCCGAGCCCCUCGGUGUCGUUCGCCGAGGCUUUGUCGGCCUUUCGAUCCAUAGGCCUCGGCGUUGUUGAUCUCACAACCUUGUUAGGUUCGCAUACCAUGGGGUUCUGCCAUUGCGGGCUCAUCAUGGACAGGCUCUACAACUACAACAACACCGGCGCGUCCUACCCCACGAUGGACGCCGGCUUGCUCGCCACGCUCCGGCACCGGUGCCCGCCGCACACGGUGACGCCGCAGAACGAGUCGCACGACGCAAUCGUGCCCAUGAACCUCGUCGCACCGCUCGGCCCGUUCGGCCUUGACAAUUCGCUCUACCCGAGCGUGCUCGCCGGGAGAGCCGUCCUGCAGAUCGACCAGGAGCUCACGUCCUCCGGCAAGGCCCGCAGGAUCGCGGCCAUGUUCGCGGCACAGCCGAGGAAUUUCCAGAGGCAUUUCGCGAGGUCCAUGGUGAAACUGGGGAGCGUGAAUGUUCUCACGGGGAGGCAAGGGGAGGUCAGGCUCAACUGUCGAAGGGUCAACAGCUGACGGAUGGUUUUGUAGAGUCAGAAUCCAAUGGCUGAAUCUCGCAAGAUUCAGUGUCAAUGCCAAAAGUAGAUAGUAUCUGUUGUUGGUUUAUAUUCAUAUCCAUACAUAGCAUCAAUGUAACAAUGUUAGACAUUUGUUCCAGCCUU